GCUCACCAUGGUAUCCCCAACGGCCCGCCAAGCCCAGCCCAGGGCAGGGCAGGGCAGGACCCUUCAUUCAUUUGAAACCAGAUCAUUUUACAACAACAUUUACAAGAGUCCUUUAAUAAUGGCAGCUCCGAGCUGUUGCGUACAAUAACCUUGAGGCCGGCGUGCGGUUUGCCAGUCACAUUUGCAUUUGCAGAAGUUAUUGGAACGCCUUGCACAACAAGUCACAACUCAAUCCGACUUCCUCCUUGCAAACCGGAGCGCCUCGUGUAUCUCAAAACCUUUUUUUCUCGAGUGUGAACAUUUCCUGUUUCUAUACGGCAUGCGUCAUCUGCCAUCGCUACCAUUUCGUCAGACACCGACAUGACAUGAACGCGUCGGGGGUUUUUUAGAUUCAAGAUGACAGGUCACAGCAUAAAUUGGCUAUUGCUACGUGGGCUGUUUGGCUGGCUUUCUAUUUUGGUUUCAAGUGGUUUGGUAGUCUUCGCAAGUGUAGAAGACCAGACCAGGUUGUAUCCGGUCUUUGAGGUCUCUCCAGAAAUGAGUCCAGAUGCAAGUAGAUCAUCUCACCAUUGGGCUAUCUCUGGAACUACACCCACAGAGCAGCAGCAGACUUCUGGAUCUUCUCAUGAAUUGAUUUUAGGAAAGAUUUCAAGUACAGUCCCAGUCCAAAUCCACAGUAGUCCACCAGCUAUCGGUAUUGGAAGGACAACUACUCCUCUGAGUCCAGAGCUUACUUUGAAACCCGAGCCUCUUUCUCUCUCUAGAGGUCUGAUCUCUACACCACCAGUGUCUUCAGAACUCUCAAAGAACAGUAGCCACCCUACUUUAGUCCAAAAUCAAAACACACCUGAAAUACCUACCGGUUCCUUGGACCUUUCUACUCUAAACUCUACACCAGAGCCACUAAUAACCGGCUCCGUCCUUGAAUAUGAAACAAAUUCUACUUCAUUGGCCAUCCAAAACCAAAGUCGUCCUCCAAGUUCAGGCACAACAUCUACUGGUAAUUUUACAUCUCUGGAUAUUCACACCACACCAGCGCCUCCUGAACCAUCCAGCUUUGUACACGAGUCUACUGAAGUCCCAAUCCAGAGUUCUAGCAAACCUCUGACUCUCAAACCUGAUCUCAAUAGUCUGAGCUCCACUUCAGAGCCUUCUGAAUCAUCAGAAUCCAGCUUUGUCACUGGCUCUACACCAAUCCUCAAACAAAAGCAUAGCAGUUCUCCAGGUUUGGAGACAACUGAAAAUAUUUCUUUGACCAGUAACACGGAUCUUACCAGACACGCAUUCACCACCUUAGAACCUCCAAGGUCUUCUACUGUAGUGAUCCAAAGCAGACCUCGAGGUUCUGAGACUACUGGAAAGACAGAUGCUGAUCUCACAACUCAAGCUGUUUCCGCUACCAAAAACCCGAGCUCUAUCUCAGCGACUUCCAACACAGGAAAGUCUCCAAUGACUACCCAGACUCUGGCAGCUACAGCAGCCCCUUGUAUGCCUUCAAAGACGCCGACCACAUUCAAGACCCAGCCGUGUUCCCUCCGCAGCGUGGUCAAACCUUGCUUGGUGGCCAUCGCGUGCUUGGCCGGCCUGGCCACCGCCUUCAUGGUGUCCACCAUCGUUCUCUGCAUCAAACUCUCCACCAGAAAGUACAAGCUACGAAAGGCCAAGGACCAGACGGAGAUGACGUUCAUGUCUUCACUCAUGCCAGAAAGGAACUACGCCGGCAUGAGGCAACGCAGCCCAGUCUCCAACGGCGUCCUGGUGAUCCAUAGCGCCGGGGACAGCGACGAGGACAUCAGUGACAACCUCACCUUAAGCAGCUUUCUUCAGGAGAGUGACCGUUUUGUUUAGGGAGAACUUCAUCUUCUGGAUGCUGACUCUUCUCUUUGAAUCCAACCUGACUUGAACCCGAACGACAAAAAACAUUUGUGCGAAUUAUGUUUGAUUGUUUAGUUACAAGCAGCAAAGUUAAGUUUACCACAACUGCCUAAGAGUUCUCAUGUUCUUCCAAAUAUUUUAUUACCUCUACGAUGUCUCGUCAAGACAUUAUAAAGAUUGGCAAAUGGAAACCAAUCCUUGGAAGGAGAUUGCUGAGAAUACGGGGCUGCAGGUCAGCAAUUGCAUAAAAAAAUGGAAGAACCUCUGAGACAAGUACAGUUCCUUGCAAAAGUAUUCGGCCCCCUUGAACCUUGCAACCUUUCGCCACAUUUCAGGCUUCAAACGUAAAGAUAUAAAAUUUUAAUUUUUUGUCAAGAAUCAACAAGUGGGACACAAUCAUGAAGUGGAACAAAAUUUAUUGGAUAAU